AUGCCCCUGGGUCAGAGGAGUGAGCUCUGGAAGCUGGAGGAAGACCCAGGCCCGGUCCAGGGCCUGGUGGAGUCUGAGCAGGGCUCCAGCAGCUCCGAUGAGGAGGGGUCGAGCACCUGCGACGAGCCCCAAGAACCCCAGCCGGGGCUCCAAAACAUAAUCCAGGGGAAGCUGGCCGACCUGGUGGAGUUCCUGCUCCUCAAGUAUCACACCAAGGAGCCGACCAGCCAGGCAGAGAUGCUGGAGAUCCUCGGCAAGGAUGACCAGGAUGCCUUCCCUGUGAUCUUGGGCCAAGUCUCCGAGUGCAUGCAGCUGGUCUUUGGCAUGGAUGUGAAGGAAGUGGACCCCAACGACCACUCCUACAUCCUGGUCCCCGUCCUGGGCCUCACCUAUGAUGGGAUGCUGAGCGGUGAGCAGGGAGUGCCCCAGACCGGCCUCCUGGUUUUGGUCCUGGGGGUGAUCCUCCUGCAUGGCGACCGUGCCCCCGAGGAGGAGGUGUGGGAAACGCUGGGGAUCAUAGGGGUGUAUGCCGGCCAGGAGCAUGGCAUCUAUGGGGAGCCCAGGGAGCUCCUCACCAAUGUCUGGGUGCAGGAAGGGUACGUGGAGUACCGGCAGGUGCCCGGCAGCGACCCUGCCCGCUACGAGUUCCUGUGGGGUCCCAGGGCCCACGCCGAAACAGGAUGGGAGCAGGUGGUGAAUCCGUGCUUCCGCAUCCGGGUCUCAGAGACGCGGGGGGCCUUGGCAGAAGGAGCAGGGCCUCCGUCAGGUGGGCGGAGGAGAGGGCCCAGGCAGUACCCGGAGUCAAGGUGGGAUGCAGGGGGAGGGUUUGGAUUGCUGCCUCCUCACGCUCCUCUCGGAGCUCUCAGGGAGGUGAGGGCCAUGCUGGGAGAGGUCGGGGUCAGGUCAUCUGAGGAAGCCCACCUGGGAGACACACAGGAGUCCCUGGUCCUGCCGAGAGUCAAUGUGGGGACCCCCGAGGGAGGAGUGAGUGGCUCCCAACCCACCCCUCGGGACAAGGAAGGGAUGGCCCAGAAAUCUGUGCAGCCCCUACCAGGCAGCCCUGGGAACGCUGGGCGGAGCCUGUCAGGCUGA